AUGUCUUUAAAAAAAUGGCCUUGGUCUGAGGACUUCCAAAAAAUCCCAGGACUUGGAAAUGUAUUGAGCGAUGAGCAGCUAACACCAAAUCGAAAACACAUCAGCGUUACAGAUAGAACGACUGGAGAUGAAAACUCAAGCAAACGUUUCAAGACUGAAAAUCCAGACUCCAAGGAAAAAUUAACUGAGAACAAACCGGAUGAUUCCAAGGAAAGCAAACUUAUGCUUAAUGCGUUACUAGAACAACAAAAACGACUUUGGGAUUGCUUUGAAGAAUGGAGAAAUCAGAAUUCCAAAGGGAACGAUACCGCCGUAAAUAGCAAUGCCAUCAAUUCUUUUCUGGGGAACACUAUGACCUCCAUGGGCGGACCAUCAUUAACGACGAAAGAGCUAUCCCGUUUCCAAUUGGACUUAAAAAACAAAGAAGAGGACCAGCCUGAUUCGUCCUUACAUAAUGUACCCGCUAAAUUAGCAGGAAGUAAUGCUUUCCAGAAGAAUGAACUGUAUAACCAACUAAAGGAUAAUAUUCAUUCUCUGGAACAAGAAAGAUUAAGUCUUAAUGAAGUAUCGGAAGGGCGUAUACGGAAGUUUCAAAGAGAGCUUCAAAGCCUUAGGCUUGAACAUCAAGACGUGAUUUCUGAAAAAGAGAAUGAGGAAACACAUCUCAAAGAGCUAGAGCUAACUUUGGCAAAGAAGAAAAGAAGCGCCGCUAUCUUGGAAAAAGACAAGCUAAGCUUAGUGUCCCAGCAUGAGGAAACGUGUCUUCACCUAAGAGAUAUAUGUUCGCUCUAUUUAGGCGAUGAUAUUGGUACAAGACUUUUGCUAAAACUUCAAAACCGACUGAAGAGGGAACGGCUCAAUCUUUUGAAACAAAACUUGAAGUAUAAUGACCAUGACAGUAAAAUCUACAUGUCCUAUUUAAAAAUUAAAGAACGUUUAACAAACUUAAACUUAACUGACAAACACGCAUCAAUUUCAACUCAAAGCAAUGAUGAAAAUUCCAAUGAAAAUCUCCUCCCAGCAAAGUUACGACCUAACGAAAUCAAUCUAAUCCUGUAUCAAUUGAAGACUCAAGGAGACUCAAUUGGUGGAAAGCACCAACAAAUCAACCAAUUGCUGGAUUCAGCAGAUGUUAUGCUUGAUGAAAUUACAGAAAAAUCAUCUGCGAGCGCGCAUAAGCUAAGCAGCAUUUGCAACAGUUUAGUCGACCAUUGUCAUCAAUUAGCUAAAUUUGGGCACGAAAGAACGGAAAAUGAAGAACGCGUCGCAAACAAAAACAAGAUUUUAGCUGAAAAAAAUAGACGAUAUUAUAAAUUACAGAACGACGUUGAAGAGAGUUCCUUAAGCCCUGCGAGCUCCUAUAGUUCUGGUUCUGAUACACCCACUAGUUUUCGAAGCACCAGCAAAGUUGAGCCUUAUAUAUUACGUUAUUUGGCGAACGUUUCAUCAUUUAGAGACGAUGAAAAGACCUGGCAUAUAGUCGAAAGCCGAUAUCGGAAACUUACAAAUAGGAGAAUAGAGCCAUUGGACUCAAGGGGACCUUUGUCUGGCUUACCGGCUUCAACCGUUAGUUGCAAGGAAAGCACACCGCGAUAUAUCACACUUCUAUAUAUACAUAUUACAAUCAGAGAGACGAACAAGGUUAUUUGGAUAUCUGAAGUUCAUUGUGACGGAGUUGUCCGCGGUGUUGGACAUCACAUCAAAAAGGGUUCAGCUAUGCAAAUAGCAGCAACUCAAGCAGCUCAAUGUUACCAGGAUAUGGACGAAGCAUCCAUUAUGUCAAAGGGCUUCAACGAUUCCGAGGUUCUAAAAGAAAUCUUUUUAGGUCGUCCUGGCUUAAGCUCGGUGAACAACAACUCUCACAAUCACGGCAUGAAAAUGAAUAAUGUGAAUGUCGAAUCAAGGAACCAUCACUUUCAAAGGGGAACCGACAGUAGGCGUCCGUAUUACAAACCAAGUCGAAGUCGUACUACACCAUACUUAUGA